AAUGUACCAUGUCAUAUAUAAGCCAUCACAGGAUGCAGGUUUAUUUUUUAUUCAAUGCAACCUUUUAAUUUGUUCAAUUAGUAACGAGGGAACUCAACGACUGAGGAGGGAUUCCGCAGCUGAGGUUUAGGGUGGACUCUUCUCACGCUUCAGCUCAGGCGGCAGCAGCAGCUUUAAUUCCCGGGGUCCGUGAAGGCAGCAGCGCCCCUGUCCUCCCCGGGUCCGCCCCCUCUCCAGCGGCCGUGGGGGUGUGUGGGCGCAGCGCGCAUAUAAAGCGCGGCCCCGCGGACUCAGCUCGUGUCAGAACAGCUGAUCUCAGAACAGCUCCGGACUCAGAGGAGCCGCUUCCCGCAGGAGAACCUCCGUCUAUGGUUGAGAGCGACGCUCCAGCAAAGAUGUCCCGGACCGACGAGGUGCACCGCAUCACGGAGAACGUGUACAAGUCCAUCAUGGAGCAGUUCAACCCCUGCCUGAGGAACUUCAUAGCCAUGGGGAAGAGCUACGAGAAGGCGCUCACCAGUGUCACAUAUGCUGCAAAGGGCUACUUCGACGCUCUGGUGCGGAUGGGCGAGAUGGCCAGCGAAAGUCAAGGCUCUAAGGAUCUUGGGGAGGUGCUCUUUCAGAUGGCCGAGGUGCACAGACAGAUCCAGAUCCAGCUUGAGGAGAUGCUGAAGUCGUUCCACAACGAGCUGCUCACCGAGCUGGAGAAGAAGGUGGAGCUGGACGCACGCUACCUGAAUGCCGCGCUGAAGAAGUACCAGACGGAGCACAAGGGCAAAGGGGAGAGUCUGGAGAAGUGCCAGGCCGAGCUGAAGAAGCUGCGCCGGAAGAGCCAGGGCAGCAAACACCCCUCGAAGUACGGAGACAAGGAGAUGCAGUACGUGGAGGCCAUCAGCAACAAGCAGAGCGAGCUGGACAACUACAUCGCAGAGGGCUACAAGCACGCUCUGUCGGAGGAGAGGAGGAGGUACUGCUUCCUGGUGGACCGGCAGUGUGCUGUGGCCAAGAGCAGCAGCGUCUACCACAACAAGGGAAAGGAGCUUUUAUCUCAGAAGAUCCCGAUGUGGCAGCAGGCGUGUGCCGAGCCCAACAAGCUGCCAGAUCGUGCCAUGUUCCUGGCGCAGCAGAUGAGCGGCAUGGUGGGCAGCAUGGCGCCCGGGGCUCUCCAUCCAGGCAUGUCCAUCGUGGAGUCCGUCCCCGGUGCCAAACCCCUGCCGGGGCCUCCGGAGCAGGCAGCGUUCAGGGCCAGUGGGGGAAUGGGCCAGCAGCGGCUGAUGGGCGGAGGGGAAUCAGGGAUGCCGGUGAUGAACGGCUCGGCCGGCGCCCACGGAGGAGAAGACUACCAGCAGUGGAUGGAGGGCAAAGUGGCCCAGGGCAAAGCCUCGCCCCAGACCCAGCGGCACGGGGGGGAGGUCUACUCCAACACCCUGCCUGUGCGGAAGGCCGCCCCCGCCAAGAGCAAGACCACGCUGAUGGAGACUCGCACUCUGCCCCGCUCCAGCUCCAUGGCUGCAGGGCUGGAGAAGAACGGGAGAACCUGUGUCCAGGCCAUCUUCUCUCACACGGCCGGAGACAACAGCACCCUGCUCAGCUUCUCUGAGGGAGACGUCAUCACCCUGCUGGUCCCCGAGGCCCGGGACGGGUGGCACUACGGAGAGAACGAGAAGACCAGGAUGCGUGGCUGGUUUCCCUUCUCCUACACGAGGCUGGUCUCUGACGGGGACAGUGACUCCUCGAGGCAGCUCCGGGUUCACAACCUCCAUCACGGGAAGAGCAGCAGCACAGGGAACCUUCUAGAGAGAGAGGACAUGGCUCUGCCCGCCCCCGACUACGGCAGCCACGCCCGCAUGGCAGCAGCGAGCGCGGCAGCGCUGCAUGGCAGACAGCAGCGGCCCUACAGCGUGGCAGUGCCAGGCUCCUCACAGCACGGAGUCGAAGAGUACGAGCCUCGUUUCCCCACAAGCGACAAUCCACCCAGCGAGCCGGUGGUGGAGGCCCCGGCCAGACCCCCGCUUUCUGACGAAGAGGAUGAAGAGGAAGAUGAGGAUCAGCUGGAUGAAGCUCACUACGACUCCCUGGAGAAGACCUCGACUCUCGCAGAGUAAAUCUGAGCCCCCCCCACCCCUCAGUUUGAAUCAGCUCGAACCACCGUCUCUGCUGCAAAGCUCCGAAUCAACCACAUCAUCUCUUAGUGGAUUAAAUCAUGAGAAGCACAACAAUCACCAUAUACAGCAAUCUGUGUAUUCUGUGACAGAUCAUGUAAAUAACAACUAGAAGUGUUUUACACCUGAUCCUCUAGAAUCAAAGAACAUUGACAGAACCAUUUGAAGUUGAUUGUUUAGUUGUGUAAAGUUCACAUAGUGAUGAACACGUGGAGUCAAAUGAGGAUGAAGAGUCUCACUAAGAUUCUCGGUCGGAUCCUUUUCAAAGCCUUGAAUCUGAGACUGACCUCAGAGGGUCUGAAGCUGAAGACCUGAAGGCGUCUCUGUGAUCUUAGAACUCAGCUCUCGUCCCCGGCUGCAGCUCGACGGCUUGAAGGUGGUGAAGAUCCACGUCUCAUGAGGUUUUCACCUUCAGCCUCUCAUGUUAUCACUGAGGAGCUCAAACCAGUCUGAUGCAAGAAAACAGAAGAGUCUGAACUAAGCUGGAUAAUCAGAGGUGAGAUGUUUCAGGAGGAAGAUGAAUCAGAAUCAGUCAAUUUGUUGAUGGCACUAAAACUGAUAAGCACAAUACUACAAAGUCACUUAAUUGUAUACUUAAACUCAAUCUUAUACUCUGACAUGUUAGAUAUAACAGCACUGAAGGUGUUUGUACCUUGAAUUAUAUUUUAAUGUUCUCAGCUUUCAUUGAUGAAUGUUGAUCUAUAUUGUUUUUAGACAAAUGCUUUGUUAAAUCUGGUGAAAGCAACAUUUCAACAUCUCACAGUCGAAUCAUCAUUUAGUCUUUUAUCAUGUUUCAAAUUACUGUUGUGACAGAAAAACUGAGUUACACCGAGAUAAGUCAAAAUUAGACUGAGCUGAUAUUUAUCUUUAGAGAAAUGUAAUGAUUGUUCUAUGCAGUUUUAAAACUUCAUUUUCCUUGUUUUGAGAUUUGUUUUCUGUCCCGGACAAUGUUUGGAUAAUCCAGUUUCCAGCAAUGACUUCAGAAACUGGUGUCAGUGGAUUUAAUUAUCUUCAUUGUAUUUUUGAGCUGGGAUGAAUAUUAAAAUGAUUUGAGUAUUUAAAAUAAAUAUGAAGAACGUCCCAGAUUGUCAAACACGCUUCUGCAGAAAAACAGAAAAAAUCACAGAAUCUGCAUCGAUCACUAAAUGUUGUCGGAAGUUCAACAGACUUAAAAGUUUCCACUCGUGAAGUUCAGAGUGUUUCCUCCUCUUCUAGAAACCAGAUGUUCACACUGAUCCAACCUGCUGAAGACAAACUGAAUCGUCUUUGUGUCCUGAUAGUAAACAAAGUGUUUGUCAACUUAAUUCUGAGAAUAAAGGAUCACGUAUUUACCCACA